GCCUGGCUGCUGUUGUGUCCUGCAAAUAAGGAAACGGUUGUGCCAACGACCGGACUGCUGACGUGCACGUGAGGACCGCAGCAGCAUGCUUUAAUUUACCUCCAACUCUUAAGUUCAUCCACAAACCCAUUUACGGUCAAAUGAAUGGAGUUUUCUGGUGUUGUGACUGAAGUUCUGUCAAGUUUCCCGAGUCAAGUUUAGCAGUUUCGUCGUUGUUCAAUGGAGGUCUCAUACACCCCCGUGCAGCCGAGCAAGAAGCAGGUUCGGGAUGAUCUCUCGUUGGACCAGAGCAUCUUGAACACGCCGAAACCUCAAGCCUGCUCAACUGUCAACCGCAAGCCUUUCGAUCCGCUCCCACCAGCAUUGCAGAAAGUGAAGGAAAGCCCUCCAACCAUUCAGUCGCCUUCUUAUCUUUUGAAUGCCAUCGAUGGUAUGAAAUUACUGGCAGACCAGCUUGGUUCAUUGAGUGAUAGAUCUCCAGGGAGCUUUAAAAUGCCUCCUCCUAGUGUUCAGCCACUCCGUAAAGCAUCAAGUGUUACUGAGCUACAUGACGAUCGCAGGGAAAGUGCUGUCACAAACAGUGAAGCAAAUUCUUCUCUUGGAAUUUUAAAAUUGGAUGACCUGCAAGGUUUAUCAGAGGCUGAAGAUGGCACCAAUGUAGCUGAAUUGUUAGCAAACUUCCGCAGAGAGUAUUCAUUUCAUUCUUUGCUGGAAAAAGAAAAUGUGCAGCCUGAUCCUUUCCCCCGCAAGACCAGCUCUAGUCGUUUUUCCAUGAAUGACCUGGAAGCCGAGAACAAGAGGCGAAAAUCAGGCACUGACAGAAGCUCUAGGAUGCUGAACGAAUCCACAUCUUCCUCUCGAAGCAUGCAGCAAGCAGACCUUCGUCUCAGACUUCAAAAGGCAUUAGCUCAGCGUACCAUGGACAGAAGCACAGAUUCCAUCAGGCUGUCACAAUUUGGAGAGUCGUAUAAUGUUGAUGAUUCUACCAAUGAAGCUGCUGCCAUUGAAAAAGCGACCAAAGAUGCUGUAGGAGCUUAUUUUGCGGACCCUGCACAGACUCCAUCUCCUAUCUCCAACGCAACAUUUGGUGCUGCAAAUUUUAUGAGUUUCUCUGGUUCACCAGCUGUUAUUGAUUCCAUGUCCUCAGAAAAUUUUCAAUCUGCUGACAUGGCUAUGGACCGUAUGGAGCAGGAUGAGAAUUCUUGGAGGCAACAUUUUGAAGACCUUCCUAUAGCUCCCAUACCAAAGUCUGAUACAACUGAAAUAGAACAUCUUACUCAAAAUCUGAAUCUCUCAUCUAUGUCUGGAAUUAUUGCUGGUGAAGUUACAAUAAGUUCUAGUAUUAUGGAAGAUGUUGGAAAACGGCGAAUGUCAGCUGGAGAAUAUUUCAAAUUGCACACUGAGCAGCUUGGAGAUGCACAUGACCAACGCCCAAACUUUGGUCACUCCAUAACAAGCCCUCCAAAGAGACGACCGCAUCCUCCUCUUAUUAAUAUGAACAAUUCCCAAGGUUCUGUAGAUGAGGUUCCCACAAGAGAUGCUGGCUUAAGUAGAACUUUGAAUUCAUCUUCUGCUGACACACUGAACUUAUCUGAAUCUAUGCUUUCUGAAGCUGUACAUCAUCAGUCUGGCCUGGACGUGGUUCAAAAUCCAGCUUCAAGGAGCAUGGACUUAAUGCCUCCACCACCACCACGCACUAAGCCCAGUGGGGCAAGGUCUCGUCCCUCUGAAAUACGAGACUCUGUAUCUUCUCGUCUGUCAAUGUCUUUGUCACUUCCAAGAGAAAGUGAAGAUGGUGUGGCUAAGGAACUGAACUCAUCUUCUCUCAGUCUUGACUCUGGGGAGAAACUUCUGAGCCUCUCUCAAGUGCUUCUCAUAUUGAAUGAGAAACCUUCUGGUCCAAAGUCUGCUCGUCAACUUGUGGAUGAGUUAAUGGAAAGGGUUGUAAUUUCAUCAUCUAAGCCUGAUCUUGAUUCUAUCAAAGUUCAAAGUACAAAUCAUGAGGCAAGCAAGGCAUCAAAAAGCAGUAGCAAUCCAGCUUCUCAAAUGGGAAAGUCUACGUUGAUGAACUCUUCUGAAAAUUCUCCUUCACGCAAUCAACGUGUUAAAGAGUGGAUUUCACAGAAUGGACUAAUGAAUCGUAGUUGCGAUGAUUCUGUGUUUGGUAGUGAUGUGGACCGUUCUCUCAGCUAUGAUAAGGCAUCAGAAAAAGAGGAUAAGGAAUUCAAGCGGGUGUCAAGUGUAUCUCAAAUUUCUAAAGCUUCAAGCUCUUCUAAUAUCAGAAAAAUCAAGUCAGAAGCUAAACUAAAUGACUGUGCUGACAUUAGGAGUGAACAUUAUGAUUAUGAAUCUAUGUCAUCUUUCAUGCCACCUCCAACAACCAACGGUAAUCCAACUUCAAGUCAGUUCAGGAAUUUCUCAACACCCAAGGUUCAAUCAAAGCAGCCUGUCACCAGAGCCCAUAGCCUUAACAGAGCAACAAGCAACAACCCCUCAAUCAAAAGUAAUCUCUCUUCAAGAAGACUGAUAGGAAAUGAGAAUGAUGACUCUGGCGGAGCAAGCAGGAGUUCCCAGGGAUCAGAUCAAUUAAGCGUAAAAUUCCAAGGCUCACGUGAACACUUGUCGGAUUCCAAACAUUCAAGUCAGAACAGUUUGCCAACACACAAGUCUCUGGGUAAAGGAUCUUUAUCUCGUCGUUCGGAACCAAGCUGCAGAUCCCAAGGAACUGCUUCAAAGAACUCAUCAGUAGAGCCUCGACCCCCUAGUAACUGUAGUUCUGCUCGCUCCAUAGUUUCCUCCUCAAAAAGCUCAUCAAAACAUACAGAUUUGGCAUCUAUCGCCUCUGGCCCUCUCCAAAUUGAUAGUACUCACUCUCAGUUGUCGUGGGCGUCUGUCCCUCCUGGGUCAAGUGUGACUCAAACAUUUGCCCUCCGCAACAAAGCAUCUACACGUGUGCGCCUACUUGUCACCUCACCAAAUGCUGCCUUUAAGUUGAUUGGUGAACGAGGUGAAUUAUUGGCAGAGCUAAUGCUAACCUUGCACUCAGAAGAAACCCGGCGGAUCAAUGUCGUUUUCUCUCCCAUAUCCAUUGGAUCUAUCGUUGGAAAACUUGUUAUUAGUCGAGUUGCAACUUCAGAAAGUUCUUCAGCCACAUCAGAGGAUAGAAGACUGAUUGCACUCUAUGGUUAUGGUGGUAAUGCUGAACUGGCAGUUGAUGGUGCUUCAAAAGACAGAUGGGCGCAACUCUUCCUGAAUAUGUCCAUGUUUGCUGACAAUGAUGCACGCAGUGAAAUAUCAGAUAUCAAUGCCAGCCAUGAUGCUCUUCAAAUAGUUGCCUCAUUUUCUGUUAAAAAUACAGGACGAGUUCCUGCUUACAUAAGUGUUCAGAUUGCUGGAGAAUUACCGUUUGAAGAUUGUGGAGUCUAUGUGACUCCAAAGGAAAUCCCCCUCAUGCCCGGAGAAAUGGGACGUUUCAAUGUGCGUUUUGACCCCAGUCUUGAUAUAUUGCAAUGGCUAAGUAAAAAUGCGGAUGACAUGCAGCUUCUUGCCAAUAUUUGGCUGUCAUGGUCUGAACUUGCAACUUGGCAGCGUAUUCGAAGAGUUUUCAUGAAAUACUACAAAGUUGACAAAUCUGGUCCUCUGUGUCCCUGGGGCACCUUAUACAUUGGAGAUUUAGGAGUGGGAAAAGAACUGAAGGACAACAAGUCUUCAGAAUCUGUAUUGGCCCAAGCAGUACGCCGUCUUAAAGUAGCAGUCCUUAUCGAGCGUGAAAGGCUCAAUCUUUUUGACAUGGAUGCGACACUAGUGUUUGAUCAACUUGUUGCCAAUGAAACUGCAAUGUUCAACUCACCACUUCUUAAUGAAAGAACUUCGGAUACCUCUGAGUAUUUAGAGAGCCCUAUACUAUCUGGCAUGCCCAAUGCAUUUCCUGAUGCUCAAAAUGAUGAUGUUUUCAAAGGAGACUUUGGGGGUUCACCACUUUCUUCAAUAACAUCAGUUUCGAAGAUAAGUUUGAAGAAGGAAGCAGGUAGAGACAUCCCAAAUGAUUUAGUUGUCAACACUGAUGCUGUGUACAAAGACCCUGAAGUCUUUUCGCUCGAGUUCCCUAAAACAAGACAACGGCACAAGAGUACAGUGAAAAUUACAUUUCAGAAUCCAUCUGCAAGAAAGGCACAUGUGUCAAUAUCUGAUCUGUCAUCUCCUUUCAGUGUGUCAACUCCUACAUUUUAUGUUCCACCCGCUUCCUAUUUCACGAUGAGUGUAAUUUUUAGACCAGUGAAAUCUGGUGUGCAUCACAGUACUUUAAAUGUUAUUGUCAAUGGAAAACAUGCCAGAAGCUACUUGCUUCAGGGAGAGGGAGUGCAUGAGUAAAUUUGUGUGUGCUUUAAUAUUGCCUGUGAUGAAAUUGUAAGAUUUUUAGUAUUCUUAUUUAUAAUGUUCUUGUUAAUAAACUUGACUAGUAUUUUAACCAUGUGCGAAUCAUGUGUGCUCAUGACCUAUAAAAAUAAUAAAUGUUAUCACUAUCCAAUUUUACAAAUAUAACAAUUUACUAUAAUUUAUUUUAUGAACUAGAAGUCUUCUUUCCUGUGAUGAGUUUCUUUGUUGCCUUGAUUUGGAAACGCAACACAACAUGCAGCCACAAUGCUUGAAUAAAUUAGCUAAGAAGGUAAA